AUGGCGGUCAAGUACAAGGUACGUGUCGGAUUCCGCGAUGUGGACGAUAGAUACUUUACGCGAAAGAGAGCCACCGAGUACGGACUAACGGGGUGGUGUCGCAACACUGACAACAACAAGGUGGAGGGCGAGGCACAGGGAGAAGAGGAUGCGCUGAAGAAGCUGCUCAAGGAUAUUGACGAGGGCCCGAGAUCAGCCAGGGUUGUUAAGCUUGAUCAGGAGGAGAGGGAUCUUGUUCAGGAUGAAAAGGGCUUCGCGGUACGACGAUGA